AUGUUCAGAAGCUUGGCUUUAAGAUGCAAAAAUAAAACUAAAGGGCAACUAAAAUGGAAAAUUAACGAAAAUAAUGUCGAAUAUAAAAAUUUAAAAAUAAAAUGGGAUGACAAAAAUAUAGAUUUACAAAUAUGUGAUUUAUUACCAACCAAUAAAAGUAAUAUAGAAUUAUUAGAACUUAAAAAUAUGAAUAUAAUAAAAGAUAUUAAAAAAACGAAAUUUGAUUGUGUAAUUUUUGGAAUUGGAUAUGUUGAUUAUGAUAAAAUAUUAAAGUCUUUUAAUAGAGCUGAUUUAGUUCAAAGGAAAACUAUAGAUUCGGUACAUGCUAAUUUAAAAAAGGUUAAUGGACAGUAUAUAUCAAUAAUACAACAAUGCCUUCUUUUAAAUAUUCCACACUUUUGUUUAGGAAGAGAUAGGCUAACAGAACUUACAAGUAUUGGUGCAGCUAUAUUUAAUAACCCCAAGGAAAUACUUUCUUUGUUAUAUUAUUUUCUUGUGAAUAGCGAUAAAAACGAUAAAAACGAUAAAAACGAUAAAAACGAUAAAAACGAUAAAAACGAUAAAAACGAUAAAAACGAUAAAAACGAUAAAAACGAUAAAAACGAUAAAAACGAUAAAAACAAUAUUCAACCAAAUAAUAAUCUUGAAAUUAAAAAAGAUGAAGAUGAAUACAAUUUACAAAAUAAUUCUCCAAAUUUUUACAAUGCUCUUGUUCAAGAGAAUGCUCUAUAUUUAAUAUACAAUUUUCAUGCAACUUUGCUAAGAAUAUUACGAUCAAAAUAUUAUAUACCUCCAUAUAUGACAUCCUCCAAUAAUAUCGGAAAUAAAGAACAAAAUGAAGCUCAUUUAAAAAAAAAUUUUUUUUCUUUUUUCAAUGAAACUACAUAUGAUAUAAUAAAUAAUUUGAGAAACACAAUAAGAAAAUCUGGAUUAUAUUCAGAAUUUGAAAUACCACAAGGGAAAAAGGAUAUUAAUAUUUUAAUAAUUUGUGAUAGCAUAUGUGUAGACUAUUUUUACAAUUAUAUAAAAAAAAAUUUUAAUCAUUGGUGUAAUAUAAGCCCAUUCUACAACGAAUUAUAUACAUUAGAAAAAAAAAAUACAUAUAAAUUUGUAUUAGCAUUAUUUUUAUUUAUAAUUGCGCCAGUUGCAUGGACAUUGACUUUUUUAAUAAAAUAUGGUUAUGAAUUCUGGGUAGAAUAUUUUACAAAAGGAAAAGCUAUAACAGUUGGGGGAAAUCCAUUUUUUGAAAAUUCAAGAUUAAUUGAUAUCAAUGAAAUUGAUAAUAAUCCAGAAAUUAAUGAUAAUUUUGUUAAUUCAAUAAACAAAAAAAAUGUACAAUUUGAAACUGUUAGUGCAUUGGGUGGUUUAAUGCAAUGGUUUAAAAAUAAAAGUCGAGAUUAG